AUGGGAGAGACUUCGGAGAAAGUCCCAAUUGCAGAGGACUUUGAACAAUGCCUACCACCUGCAUACAGUACGUCGGCCACGAAGACCCCCGUUGCAGUUGGUCGUCUCUUGAGAUUUGGGGCUGCGGCUCUCAUUGCCGGGGCAGUGCUGAUGCUUUGCGGAUCUAUUGGAGCUUUCUACCUCUGGAAAGCCAGUGACAAAAAUGUGUACAAUGUACACUACAGUAUGAGCAUCAAUGGAAAGGUGGAGGAGGGUUCCAUGGAAAUCGAUUCCGAUAAUAAUCUGGAAAGGUUCCGAACUGGGAGUGGAAAUGACGAGGCGUUGGAGAUUCAUGACUUUCACAUUGGAAUUACAGGAAUCCGGUUCUCUGGAGGGGAGAAGUGUUAUAUUAAAUCGCAAAUCAAGGCCAACCUUCCAGAGGUGGAGAAGCUCAACAAGGAGUCAUUGAUGUUUGACCUGGAAGAUGAGAUCAUGCCAGUGAAGUUUGAUGAGGAGUCUCUGAUGUGGGUGGCUGCUGACCAGCCCCUGAAGGACAGCAGCUUCCUCAGCACCAAGAUCCUGGACCUCUGUGGAGACCUGCCCAUCUUCUGGCUCCAACCCACCUAUCCUAAAGAUGGAGAGAGGAGAAAGAGAGACACCCAGAGAGCCAAGCGUCAGUUUGACAUGGAGGAGUUUGAGGCAGCUGCUGAGGAGAGGAACACAGUGAGCCGUGCAGAGAAUAGCACCUCCAAGAGAGCCACAGAAGAGGAGGCGGAGGCCACGGGCUCAGCAGCCACCGGCUCUGCCUACAACCCAGAAAACCCCUACCAUCGCAAUCAGGAGGGAGAGGAGGGCACCAUGACCUUUGACCCAAUGCUAGACCACCAGGGGAUCUGCUGCUCAGAGUGCCGACGCAGCUACACCCACUGUCAGAGGAUUUGCGAACCGUUGGGCGGCCACUGGCCUUGGCCCUACAACUACAGAGGCUGUCAGGUAGCUUGUCGAGUGAUUCUGCCUUGCCGCUGGUGGGUGGCCCGCAUAUUAGGUAUAGUGUAAGUAGGACACCCAUUUUCUCAAGCCAAAUAUAGCGAUUAUGCGAAAUACACCAAACGGUCUGAAAGGUCA